CUUUCUGAAGUCUCAUUUUCUUUGGGGGAAACAGCGCGGAUCUCCUGUAAACACAGACUCUCUACAUAUGAUUCGGUCUUCUGGUACAAGCAAACCCAAGAUGCAGCCCCUUCCAUAGUCAUCCACAGUUACUCUAAAACCGAGAAGAAAGAACGGUUGGAGAUGGACACUGACAAAGGGAAUCUGUCUACAGAGCUGUCCAUCAGCAAGGUGGAGAUGGGGGACGCUGGGAUCUACCAUUGUGCUGCAAGUGACACAGUGGUGGGAAAUGCAAGGCGAGCUGCACAAAAACCUGAAGAGCUUUGAUCCUCUUCACUGAGCUGCAGGUUCACCUCAGGGACACCCACGUCACACUUUUUAUGAAUGAGUCCUUCAGAAUAAAUCUUUGCCCUAGUUCAAAAUUUUCACCACCUCUUUUUCUCCUUGGCCAAUUAUGGCCAUGAUGGCCAUUUGGUGUUGUCCCCUCUAUUUCCAAAGUACAAGGGGUGUGUUUGUGUGGAUUCUCAUGCAGCCAAAACAGCACUAUUCAUUCACAAAGUAUAGGUAUUAGCAGAUUUAGGGGUACCCAGUGUUUUCCACAGUACCAAAAUUGUGUUUGCUUGUUUGUUUGUUUGUUUGUUUGUUUAAAAAACAAUGUAGAAAAGGAUCUUUGAAAACAAUGAUUGUGGAUUGCCAACUGAAUAUUACAAGGUGGAAAUAGAAAAGUUGGAUGUGAGUGGAAUAGGGUAUCCUGAAGUAGAGCAAGGAUGAACUGGAGUACCUACAAUAAUUUGUCACAGGUCUCCCUCCUCCACCUCCCUACUCAUCUUCUGGUUUAGUGUUUUCUAAAGAAAAGCAUAAUGCAAGUAACUGUCUAUGAUAUGUUACUACUUCACAGUGUAUUCAAACUGACAAGCAUAAUUUAGGAUCCAGUCUUAUGAAAGUGUGGGAGAAAUUCUCCACUGAGGGCAUACAGAGGUUUUAGCUAGUGGGAAGCAGCAUAUAAUAAGGGAUUGAGAAAUUCCCCUUUAGGAUUCUCAUAUGGAGACUCACACCAAAUUCAGUAAUGCAUGACUGGACAGAGUUCAAAAAGUCUGCAAGAGCACUAUAUAGGCAAAUAUGCAUUAUCUUAACUGUUCUUCCUCCACUCAACCACGUUCUGCCAACCUGGCACGUCACCAUCUCUCUUCCCACCACAGUCCAUUAAGUACAACUAACUGCAUCCAUUUUUUACUGUAUGAAUCAGAAACUUCCUUGUACCUGGUUCUUUCCUGUCUUGUGGUCUAGUCAUGGACAUAACACUGCCCUCAAUAAUAAUGAGCCUAACAGUGAUUCCAUCUCAAAGGUGUUCCUCCAAAAUGAAAAUUUGAUUAUUAUUUUCCAGUACAAUGUU